AUGCAAUCCGUUGUGCUCUUGACCCUCCUCUGCGUUGGAGCUUAUGCCAAUUUCGGAGAAGGAGGAAAGCAAGCCAUCGUCAAUCAUCACAACAACGUCCGUUCCAAGAUUGCCAAGGGAGAAUACGUGGCAAGAGGAACCAGAAAGGAAAGCGGAACCAACAUGCUCAAAAUGAAAUGGGAUGGAUCUCUCGAAUCUUCUGCCCAAGGAUAUGCUAACAGCUGCCCAACUGGACACUCUACCAUUCCAUCCAUUGGAGAAAACCUCUACUAUUACUGGUCUGGAUCCCCAAUCUCCAACCUCGAUCAAUUCGGAGGAAUGGCUUCUGCUGCUUGGGAAUCUGAAUUCCAAGACUUCGGAUGGGGAUCCAACAAGUUCACCAUGUCUCUUGCCAACACUGGAAUUGGACAUGCCACUCAAAUGGCUUGGGCUUUGACUGAUAAGAUUGGAUGCGGAAUCAAAAUGUGUGGACCAGACGCCUCAAAGGGAGGAAUGAACCGAGUCGCUCUUGUGUGCCACUACAAGAUCCAAGGAAACUACUUGUUCAAGAGCAUCUACAACUCGGGAGCCACCUGCUCUGCCUGCCCAUCAGGAACCAGAUGCGAACAAUCUUCUGGACUCUGUGCAUAA